AUGCCAGCAGUGGCCAUUCACACGAUCACCAAGAAGCCUAUGUCUUGGCAUGAUAACAUAGAAGAGCCGGCAGACGACAAGUUUCUGAAUCUUAUUCAUCAUGCAGCACUGGAGCCAACAAAGAAAUAUUCAGAGCCACAAACUGAAAGCCAGGAAAUUGGCUGGAACACAACACCUUUGAUUCAUGUGGACCGUACUGAUCGCAGACUCUACUUGCCACGCCGGAGAACUGAGAUCACUAAAUAAAUGGCUGCCACAGGGCACAGGGAGAAGCAGUCUGAGAACCUGCGGUAA